UUCUUUGGAUGUCGAUCGGCCCAAAUAAGAUAUCGAAGUUCAGAGUUCCAUGGGGUUAUCGCGACUGCCGCUUGCAGGACAAACAAACGCCAGUGAAACGUGCUGCUGUGCGAACCGGUGAGAAAAUCCCCAGUGGUCCAGCGGCUGCAUCGCCAUGAAUCUUCAAAUAGCGCUCGGUCUGUUGCUAUUGAUAUCAGGGCCCACACAUGUGCUUUGCAUAUUCAACAGGCGCACUUGGGGCGCGCGGACGGCGAGCACUCGGCUGCCGAGAUUCGACGGUCCGGCUGCCCUCGUCGUAAUCCACACGACAAACACCGAUCCUUGCGCAAUCCCUUCGCAAUGCAAGAGCAUCGUCAGGGAUUUGCAGAUCAAAAGUAUGGCGCUCGGAUCCAAUUUCACCGACAUCCCAUACAACUUCCUAAUUGGAUGCUGCGGCGGCGUUUACGAAGGCACCGGCUGGGAUUUCAAAGCGCCCAUCUCGUGGAAUUACAAGGGCUCUCCUAUUCACGUGGCACUCGUUGGAUACUAUGACGACACUGCGGUUCCUGUUGAAAUGAGUCAGACACUGCGAUCUUUGAUAAGCGAGGCAUUGCUAAGGAACAAGCUGAAAAAACCUUACACUAUAACUGAGCAUAAAUCGUCCGCAGCUCGGAAAUUGAUGGUCAAGAGUUUUCUGCAAGGUUUCAAGGAAUAUGAAGAGCAUGUCAAUGAUCUUUUGCUCCCUGAACAGCCAGUCAUAGGGACUGCGGCUGGCUCCACGACGCCUAGACCCACGGUUUCUGCGAGAACCAGCACAAUCGCUGGAAUAAUAAGGAAUUCGGCGGCCACAACAUCUAAGCCUGCAGUUACACCGCUCAUAAUUUAUGACAAUUUUAGGACCACUACAAAAAAUCCUAAAAAUUGAUCAAUAUUUUACUUUUGAUUGCAUGCUAUUAUAUAGACUAUUCAUGAAUGGUUGCUUUUUAUUAGUUAAUUUUAGUGUAUAUAUUUUCAAUGCUUUUUUAUCUGAUUCAUUGAGUACAAGUGAAGGGAGAAUAUAUAUAAAAACAAUUUCUUACAAUAAAAAUACAUUGAAUAU